UCCGGUCGGACAAAUAAUAGUGUAACACAGUCUAUUGCAAACAUCCGCUGUAACUUGCAGGAUUAUGAAAGCAUGAUUAGUGACCAAAUUAUAACUGCGCCAGCGAAUACAAGCGAACAGAUGGCCUUGUUUGCAUGGCUUAUUUAGGACCUCGGCUGAGACCGUCACGCAUCUUUCUCCCUGGUGUUACCGUGUUCAGACUCCUCGGUACGCUCCGGAUGGACGAUAUGGGUCUGGCGAUGAGUCGUUCUCCGUUGGAGCGGCUCGACUUCGACAACGUCGCCCUCAAGAAACUUCCACUGGACACGUCCGAGGAGCCGGGGGUGCGGCAGGUGAAAGGAGCGUGUUUCUCCCGGGUGAAGCCGCAGCCGCUGACCAAGCCUCGGUUCGUGGCUGUGUCACACGAAGCUCUGGCGCUGCUGGGGCUCAACGGAGAGGAGGUCAUGGACGAUCCACUCGGGCCAGAGUAUCUCAGCGGAUCCAAAGUUAUGCCUGGAUCCGAGCCCGCUGCUCACUGCUACUGCGGCCAUCAGUUCGGCCAGUUCGCCGGGCAGCUGGGCGACGGGGCGGCCUGCUACCUCGGGGAGGUGAAGGUGCCCUCCGGCCAAGAUCCCGAACUGCUGCGGGAAAACCCGAGCGGCCGGUGGGAGAUUCAGGUGAAAGGAGCUGGACUGACCCCUUAUUCUAGGCAAGCUGAUGGCCGUAAGGUCCUGCGCUCCAGUAUAAGAGAGUUCCUGUGCAGCGAGGUGAUGUUCUUCCUGGGUGUUCCCACCACCAGAGCCGGCUCCGUAGUGACCUCUGACAGCAGGGUCAUAAGAGAUGUGUAUUAUAAUGGGCACCCUCGGCAUGAGAGGUGCUCUGUGGUCCUCCGUAUUGCUCCCACCUUCCUCAGGUUUGGAUCCUUUGAGAUCUUCAAGCAGGCCGACGAGCAUACGGGCCGUCAGGGUCCCAGCUAUGGACGUGACGAGAUCCGAGGUCAGAUGAUGGAUUAUGUCAUCGAGAUGUUUUACCCUGAGAUCCAGCAGAAUUACCCAGAUCGGGUGGAGAGGAACGUGGCUUUCUUCAGAGAGGUGAUGCUCCGUACGGCUCGACUCGUGGCUCAGUGGCAGUGUGUAGGUUUCUGCCAUGGGGUCCUGAACACAGACAACAUGAGCAUCCUGGGACUCACGCUGGACUAUGGUCCAUAUGGAUUUAUGGACAGGUUUGAUCCGGAUUUCACUUGCAACGCCUCCGACAACUCCAGCCGAUACUCCUACCAGGCCCAGCCAGCCAUCUGCAGGUGGAACCUGGUGAAGCUAGCAGAGGCUCUUGCUCCAGAGGUGCCACCAGACCGGGCUGAAGCUGUUAUGGACGAGUACCUGGAUCUGUAUAAUGGCUUCUACCUAGAGAACAUGAGGAAGAAGUUGGGCUUAUUGAAGAAGGACGAGCCUGAGGACGAGAUCCUGAUCACCGAGCUGCUGCAGACCAUGCACAACACAGGUGCUGACUUCACCAACACCUUCCGUAGCUUGAGUCAGAUUUCUUGUCCCACUGAGGGAGAAAGCGAGGGAAACGAGGACCUUGUCAAGAAAGCCGCAGACCUCCUGCUGGAGCAGUGUGCCACCUUAGAGGAGCUCAAGGCUGCCAACAAACCUACUAUGGAUCCACGUGAGCUGGCAAUGCUGCUCUCUAUGGCUCAGAGCAACCCAGCGCUGUUCCAGAUGAUCUCAGACAGGAUGACAAUUGCAAGGCAGUUAGACAGGCUCAGCAAACUGAAAGACCUGAUGGAGACUAGCCAGGAAGAGCUGAAAACUAAACAGGCUGAGGAGUGGACUGGCUGGAUCACACGCUAUAGGAAGCGUCUGGCUCGGGAGCUGGAAGGCCAGAAUGAUGUGCAGGCCGUGCAGGAGGAGAGGGUGAGGGUGAUGGACAGCACCAACCCUCGUGUGAUACUCAGAAACUACAUUGCCCAGAAUGCAAUUGAGGCGGCUGAGAAUGGAGACUUCUCUGAGGUCCAGCGGGUCCUCAAGGUUCUGCAGAAGCCUUUCUCUUCACAGCCAGGUCUGGAGCUUCCUGCAUGGGUGGGCGGAGGCGAGGCCAGCGAACAGGCAGAGAGGGACGAAGGAGAGGAGCAACAGCAAGAGGCGGCAUUUACAUCUACAGCCAGAAAUCCUGUUCCCUAUGACAGCAAGCCCCCAGCUUGGGCCCAUGAAAUCUGUGUCACAUGAUCUUCAUAAUAACUUCCUUGAUUGUUAGCUUUCCUGCCUAAAGUGAUAAGAGAGUUUAUUGGUCUUUUAGUUCAUGUUUUUCGUACCUUUUUAUGUCUCUCCACUCUUAUCCAGUCACUGUAAAACUCUCUAUUACUUUGGCAGGUAGUGUCAGGGAAGUUAGCAUGAGGCACUGCACCCCACAGGCUACCUGACACAAAGCGGACAGGGAGAGAGUUGAGUUUAGUGGUACAAAUACAAUGAAUUACAAAUAUGACGCCACUAUGUCUGGGGAAAAAAAAAGCUUUUACAAAAAUGAAAUGUGCCAGGAAAUGGCUUUGAAGUGAUUAUUUUAUUCCAUGGUUUGACAUUUCUGCUUCAAACAGGAUGUUAAAGUGUGCUUUAAUGUCAUAAGUGACUUAACUUGAGGAAUUUGAUAGAACAGGGGUUGGCUAGGUCACCCAUUAAAAAAAAAAAAAAAGAAGAAAAAUGCACUUUAUAAAAGAUAUCUGGCAUACAACAAAAGAUGGCUGUUCUUGUUCCCUGUCUGCUUGGUGUUGGCUGGCUAUUAAUGACGACUCCGACAACAAGUCCUAUAGUGACCUGUCUGACUCUGACAAACUGGGGUGUGUGUGUGUGUGUGUGUGAGAGAGUGUGUGUGAGAGAGUGUGUGUGUGAGAGUGAGAGUGAGAGAGUGUGUGUGUGUGAGAGAGUGAGAGUGAGAGAGUGUGUGUGAGAGUGAGAGUGAGAUGAGGGCAUGUAUUUGGGGGAAAGGGAGUGCUUGCACUUGAUCCAAUAAGCCGCAGUAGAAAAACACGCACAAUAUAUUCUCCUGUAAUAGAAAACAUUGCCUUUUGCCACUGUCAUAGCACCACUUUAUUGGCACAGAGCCACAAACAACCAUUUUGUGUUACCUAAUACUUUUAGAAAGCAUCCAAAUGAAAUUACAGUGGAUGUAGAGUCGAGCAAAGGAAAAGUGAGAUCUGCAUGUUGUAUUUGACUAUUUUAGUCAGGCUGUGAACAUGCAAACUCCUUAGGGGAAGUUUAUUGUAGAUUGUGCCCCAAAUGUCAUGGUAUCAAACAUAAUUUUGUAGAAAGGGAAAACAUAUUCACUGCCAUUCAUGAAUUUUUUGAACUGUUCAUAACUUGCUCUACUUAAACCAGGAUCAACCUGUUUGUUUAGCAAAUUAAUUCAGAUUUGUUGUCAAAAUUAACCCAUUAAAGCUGAACUUCCAAAUUUAAAAACAGACAGAAAUUGACAUGAAAUGAGAUUAUGUUUCAGAGUUGUAUUUUUCCUUAAUGAAUAUGAAAUAUAUGGUUGAGCUCUCCCUCAGUUAUAGCCUUAAUAUAUCCUAAUAAACUGAGCAGUCAACAGA